AUGUAUGCUGCCUCCCUCCAGCUGCUGGUCAUGUAUGCUGCCUCCCCCCAGCUGCUGGUCAUGUAUGCUGCCUCCCCCCAGCUGCUGGUCAUGUAUGCUGCCUCCCUCCAGCUGCUGGUCAUGUAUGCUGCCUCCCUCCAGCUGCUGGUCAUGUAUGCUGCCUCCCCCCAGCUGCUGGUCAUGUAUGCUGCCUCCCCCCAGCUGCUGGUCAUGUAUGCUGCCUCCCCCCAGCUGCUGGUCAUGUAUGCUGCCUCCCUCCAGCUGCUGGUCAUGUAUGCUGCCUCCCUCCAGCUGCUGGUCAUGUAUGCUGCCUCCCCCCAGCUGCUGGUCAUGUAUGCUGCCUCCCUCCAGCUGCUGGUCAUGUAUGCUGCCUCCCCCCAGCUGCUGGUCAUGUAUGCUGCCUCCCCCCCAGCUGCUGGUCAUGUAUGCUGCCUCCCCCCAGCUGCUGGUCAUGUAUGCUGCCUCACCCCAGCUGCUGGUCAUGUAUGCUGCCUCCCCCCAGCUGCUAGUCAUGUAUGCUGCCUCCCCCCAGCUGCUGGUCAUGUAUGCUGCCUCACCCCAGCUGCUGGUCAUGUAUGCUGCCUCCCCCCAGCUGCUGGUCAUGUAUGCUGCCUCCCCCAGCUGCUGGUCAUGUAUGCUGCCUCACCCCAGCUGCUGGUCAUGUAUGCUGCCUCCCCCCAGCUGCUGGGAGUGAGCCAAGGUGAGGAGAACAUCCAGAUUCGUCCUCAGUCGAUAACCAUAAAGGUUGAGGCUAUUUAA